AUGUUACUUCGUUUUUCAGGUGAAUGUGGGGCGUCAGUCGUCACGCAUGGUCGAGUUAUUGGAGGUGAGGACUCUGUUCACGGUUCUUGGCCUUGGCAAGUGGGUCUGUACAAUGGCGACGAUAACAAUAACUUUUUUUGCGGUGGUUCACUUAUCAAACCUGACUGGGUCCUCACAGCUUCCCACUGUAUCUCCUGGUUCAUUAAACCUUCCGAUUAUCGUAUUCGACUUGGUGACUGGCAUCGCUUUUAUGUUGAUGGUACCGAGCAAGUCCGCAAUGUCUCCAAAAUUAUCACACAUCCAAACUACCACAGACCAGUCUUGGUUAAUAAUGACGUUGCUCUGAUCAAGCUUGACCGGCCUGUGGUUCUGGACAGUCACGUGAAUACGGUCUGCUUGCCUAAGAUGGACGAACAGGUCUCUUUAAACAGCACUUGCUUUAUAACUGGUAAGAAAUCAACUUUAAAAUUGUCUACUAGCUACGUACUCAUAAAAACUCCUAACACAAAAGUGUGUAAUUAGCUCGCAAUUAAAAUGACAUAAUUCGUCAUCACUUUUCUUUCCUUGAUUACCACACCGCUUCAAAAUUAUUGUAGCUCAUGGUAGAGCUUUAAUCUUCACCCCUGCAAGUCCAACGCUUGUCGGGGACAUAUUCUGCACUUAUCAUUAACUUUAUGGUUGACUGAAAUCAGCAGGAUGUUAUGAUACAACUAAAAAAUACAACUUGUGAGAAAAAGUAAGCGCCAACUUUUCACUACUUUUACAAAUAUUUUAGCGUUUUUAAACCGCUGGGAGAAAAUGCUGUGAAAAAGUUCAUCGCACCCUCUCUUGGUCAUCGAGUUACUGAAGUGUUCCUUUGUGUUUAUUGAGGGAUAUUUUUAUUUCUAAGCAUGUCAGAUGUCAGUCAAUUUUUUGGUCGUUCCGGUUUCAAAGUCCGAUGGUAUGUUAGUGGUUUCGCCCCCUACAAGUUCGCCCCCCUACUUUCCGAGUUCACCGCGUAGUGGUAAAACUCCAAAUUCUCUUCAUUCUAGUUAAUUUGAUAUUCAACUACAACACAACUUGCGUUAUUAAAGGAAAUCUCUGUAAGACGGGAUCGAAGUUCGGGAAAUUUUGAAUGGAACCCUGCUGAACAGGACGCUGGAUCGAGGUUGUCAUUUCAAAGUGUGUCAAGUAUGGAACCAUUCAUUCACAACCAGAUUGUUGAAAUCGAAGCAGUACAGUAGUUAAAAUCAAAACGGCUGAUGGAUCGUGGUGUUUAUUGUGAAUAUUUUACUGACGGGCAAACUCUAACGAAGCUCAUUCACUAUGGGGCGAACUCGUUUUGUUAUGGGGCUAACUAGUAAGGGGUAACUCACUACAGAGCAAAACCAAUGGCUUCUUCUUUAAUUGCCGCAGGCUGGGGCAAAGUGAAGCAUCCCGGAGGUCCUUAUCAUCAUCUUCAACAGGCAAAGCUUCCUCUGGUCUCUGAUAAAGAGUGCUACGACAAACUGAAGCUCUCCCCAGUAGGAAUUCUGCUCAAUCUCACUAAGCAGAUGAUAUGCGCCGGCGAGCCUUAUGGCGACGUUUUGCGCGCAGGUUGCCAUGGUGACAGUGGUGGACCAUUUGUCUGCAAGGAAUCAUCAUCCGGGAAGUUUGUUUUACAGGGCGUCGUGAGCUGGGGGUCUGGAAACUGUAAUUUUGAGCAGGAGAACAAGCAAUAUACGGUAUUUGCUCGAAUUAGCGAGUUGCGUCAGUGGAUAGACGAUACCAUUGAAAUGUUUAGCUCCCAGUGA